UAUAAACUAUUUAUAUUUCAGUAUUUAUGUUUUUAGAUUAAAUGUUUCUGAUAAGAUAUAGCAUAACUAAUAGGCAAUAAACAGAUACAAUUUAAUUAUCAUACAAAAGACAGCGUCGACUAAAAUAAUGGGUAUCAUGGCGAGAGAAUCUUUCGUCACGCGACCAACGACGGGUUAACAAUCUUUAUUCUACACUCACGGAAACCUAUUAUAAUAUUAUUGCACUAAACUGUCUAAUUUAGUCUAAAGUUGUAUAGUAUUUACUAUUUACGUACGCGUUUUCGUUUAAUUAUAUUGUUAUUAGUUUUUAUACCGAUUUGUAUGGAUACAUAGUUUUUUUUUUAUUAUUUUAAUAAUAUUAAUAUUACAACUGUACACAGAACUGUCGAAGCUGACAAGCGUGCGAGCCGUACUGUAGUCCAUGUGCUCUGUGCAUCGAGAUUCGAAAUCAGAUGCGUUAUAUAGGUACUUACAUCGAUUGAAUAGGACCAUACUUCAACACCAUACCUGUUGUCCUGCGGUAUUGUCAAUUAUUAUUACACUGGUUUGAACGCAACUACAAUAAAUAAGUGCAAAAAAAAUGGAUGCCUUACAGACUUUAUCUUAUGAAAAUAAUGUAAUGCCAGUUUUGAAAUCCAAUGAAUGUGCACCAACACAUUUUAGAAAUAACUUUCACUCUGUUAGAAUACUAGAAGACUUACAAUCUCUACGCAAGAAUGAAGUUUUAUGUGAUAUUAGAUUUGAAACAGAUGAUGGAUGUAUAACGUUUGGUCAUAAAAAUGUUCUAAUGGCAGCUAGUCCAUAUUUUCAAACGAUGUUUAAUAAGUUUGAUGAAAGUAAUAGAGACGUUAAUAUAAAAAAAUUAGAUUCCGCUAUUUUACAAAUAUUAGUAGAUUAUAUUUAUACUGGUGAAUGUAUAGUGACAACAGAUAAUGUUCAGGUUUUGUUACCAGCAGCAAACAUCUUACAGUUAGAUUUUGUAAGUGCUGCAUGUUCCGAGUUUUUACAUAAAAAACUGGAUGCAUCUAAUUGUCUUGGUAUCAAAGCGUUUGCUGACUUACAUAACUGUACGGAUUUGUUCUCAAGGUCUGAAGCAUUCAUUAAAAAACAGUUUUUGGAAGUGGUUAAAAGUGAUGAGUUCCUAUCUUCAUCUUUUGAAGAUGUGGUUAAGCUUAUCUCCUGUAAUGACCUUGAUGUUCCAUUUGAAGAAAAGGUAUUUGACUGUGUUAUUAAAUGGGUAGAACAUGAUUUGAAUCACAGAAAAGAUUGUUUGCCAAAACUAAUGGAACAUGUACGUUUGCCAUUAUUAAACCCUGACAUAUUGUUUAAUAUAUCUGAAGAACCACUUCUAAAAAAUAGUCCUAAAUGUAAAGAUUAUGUAUUUGAUGCAUUACAAUUUAAUCUACAAAAAUCAAUUCAGUGUAUCGCCAUUCCAAAAACAAUUAGGUGUAAACCUAGACAGUUUGGUGGUUCGCAAAAAGUUAUUCUAAUGUUUAGUCAGUCUAAUACAUCACCAAAGUGUUUUACACAAUGGUAUGACCCAACAACCAAGCUACAAAAGAAUGCACCAGGUAUAAAUAGUUGUCGUCGGACAGCUGGUCUUGGUGUAAUAAAAGAUCAAUUUGUGGUUGUUGUGGGAGGUGUAAAUGGAUCGAGUUCACAGUGUGUCAGUAUGCUUGAUGUGUCUUCACAAUCACCCUCUUGGGAUUAUAAAUUGGAUCCCAUGUCAGUUGGUCGAAAUAGAUUAGGAGUCGGAGUAUUAGGUGAUUCCAUAUAUUCUAUUGGUGGACGUGAUGGUACCACUAUAUUAAAUAGUGUAGAGGUAUUUGAUGUCAGUUUUCAAAAAUGGCGAAUGGUGUCUAGUAUGUCAAUUAAGAGAUAUAAUUUGGGCAUUGGUGUACUCAAUAAUCGUUUAUACGCGGUUGGAGGUUGUAAUGGGAAUGCAUUAAAAUCUGUGGAGUAUUAUGAUCCCACACUUGACGCUUGGGCGCCAGUUACAGAAAUGUCUGUAUGUCGUGAUGGUGCUGGUGUAGGAGUCUUGAAUGGUCUUAUGUAUGCUAUUGGUGGCCAAGAUAAAGAAUAUCUUAAAAGUGUUGAGGUUUAUAGACCAAAUGAUGGAGUUUGGUCUUUUACAGCUGAUAUGCUAUUCCCUCGAUUCAAGCCAGGUGUAGCUGUAUUAGAUGGUAUAUUGUAUGUUAUUGGCGGAGAAUCUGAUGAAUCUAUUGAUAAUACUGUAGAAAUUUACAACCCCCAUACCAAUACUUGGGCCAUGGAGAUAUUGUCUAAAAAUAGAUACUAUGGUGGAGUAGUCAUUAAUAGACCACCACCACAUCAUGAAUAAUCAUCAUAAAACAGAAUGUUCUCAUUGUUGUUAGUAAUAUGAACAUAUUUUGUAGAAUUUAUGAUGAAACGUUUAUUGUUUUAUAAAUUUUUGUUUUUGUUAAUUUUUUAUUAUUUAAUGUUACAAAUUAAUUAAACAAGCGAUACAGUUAUUUGGUUGCACUGUUGCAGUAUACCAGCAAAGUGUUAGAUUAUUUAUUAUUUGCAUUGUAAUAUCUUAGAGAUUUUAAAUGAAGAUUAUCUCCAUCUCUAAAUCAAAGUAUUGAUUUUACAAUGGCAUGUGUUUUUUUUUUGUGUGUGUAUAUAUGAAAAAAACCUUUAUAUUUUCAUUUUUUUUUUUUGGUUAUUUCUGAAAAGAAAUU